UCAAUAUGCACACAAACUGGUCUAGCUAUAGGUUGUGAGUGGAUUACUAACAUGGACCGUUGUGAAGUCGGAGAAGUUCUCUAUGGGAAAUCUUCUGAUGUCGGCAUCACUUCAGCUCCAGACACCAACAUGGCGGGAGAGGAUGAAAACGAGGAUGUAUCCUCCUCCUCAGAGGAAGAGGAAGAGGAGGAAGCUGGGGAUAUAUUUGUUGCCCGCGAAAGCAGUCCCGAUGCUAUGGAGCGAGCGAUCAAGCCACUGGGUCACGGCGUGCUCGCAGAUGUUCCUUUGAAGCAUGAAGAUGUGAAGUGUAAGCUGGUAGAACUGGAUGUACCGAGGAGAAACUGGCAGCUCGUACAGUUGCGGCUGAGUUCCAGCGAGAGUCUGGUGAGCCACUUCUUUGAAACAGACGGGAAAGACAAUAUGCAUAUGCCUGAUGACGUCAUCAUCAACAUCCCGGUGAUGAUUCCACGCAGCAAGGUGCGACCAGAGAAAAUGUACGACUUCUUUUUCAUGGUGGAGAAUGCGGGGGUCUGGUCACGCUGCCCAGCUGAAUACAAGAACCGCAACGCCAAGGCAAGCAUCAAGGAGUUCAAGUCUCUGUGCGUGAUUGCGAGACUCAAGCCAGAAGAGCAUGUUAUCACUCCUAAGGGAUUCAAUUUUGUCUCUGAUAAAGAUCAACACGUCACAGUCAGUUUCCCAGAAGGCACCGUGGAGAAAGAUACAAAUUUUAAGUUCAUAGUGGAGACAGUUGACCCCAAGAGGAGUAAGAAAUACAAGACCUACAAUCCUUCCACCUUUAACUGCAUCCUUGGCUUCACCACAACACUGCACGUGAAACACGUGCAUGACACGUGCCUCAAGCAUCUCGUGGAGGUCUGUCUUCCCAUACACAAGUCGGGGGAUGAUGAUGGGGAAGAAGAGGUGGAAGGGGAAGUGGUGUUCCUCAGAUGGGAGGGCGAUGAAGUAGAAAUCGUUCAGGAUGAACCGACAAGGGAGGAGAGCUCUUACAGCAUUCCUGUCAAGCAUUUCUCAGGCUAUAGUGCCGUCCGUAAAAACAAAUCUGCCUCCAACCAAGAUGUCUUGACAGCUGCCCGCAUCUUGGCCGGAAAGGAGAACCUCUGUACCCUUCUGUCCUUCAUCAAGGUGCGUACUAUAGGACCUACAGUCCUCCUGGACGUCGUUGAGUCUUGUAAGGCAGAGAAGGUCAUCCGGAUACAUCGUAGAGCAGGCAUGAAGGAGAUCGAGAUGAGCAGAUCCCGUGACAUUCCAGUGUCGGACAGAGAAAGGAUCAAGAUCGAGCUUGGCGGAAAUCUCGCCCAUGUCUCAUGUGUCCCACGUAAAAUCUAUAACCUCACGUUCGUGAAAGCAGCUUCGACCAAUAACGUCAGCUUCCCUCUACAGACACGGGUCUCGUCGUCAGCUUACAGCGUCAUCAACUUCAGAGGAGGAAGAGGACGGUGGGUCCACUCUAUCCAUUUCGAUCUUGGCCUUGGAACUAGAAACCCCAAGAACACCCUUCUUUGUCCCACCAGUGUCUGUUUCCCGACCUUUCAGCAUUACCAGGCCGAGUUGAAGUAUAGGCCAGUGUCGGAUGUCCCAGUAACAAGGGUGGUCUUCAAAGGGUUAGAUACCCCCGACAGCCAGUGGGAUGACAGCAGGCCAGUAACCCGCCAGUCAACAAGUACAAUGCAGUCUGUGGAGGCGGACUCUGAAGUGAAUGUAAUGUUUGACAGGCCAGUUAGUCGUGCAGUGUCAUUGAAGUCAGAGUCAACCGUUGCCUCACCCACUGCAUCAGUAAUCGAAAAAAGGCACCCUCUGUUGAGCGAGAAAAGCCUACUGGCCCUGAGCGAGCAACUUUCCAUGACUGAAUGGAACCGAGUGUUGGUGGAGCUGAAUAUUGGCAGUUCUGACAUAGCCCGGGUCAGUGAAGAAGCAACUCGACAAAAUUUUAGUCAAGCUUUCAAACUACUUGUGUUUUGGAUACAGACCAACAGGGGCAAGUCUGACAGGGAUCUCAUCAACACUCUGGUUGCAGCCUUUGUUGAACUAUGUAGAAUUGAUAUGGCGGAAGUCAUUCGGAAGGCCGGAAGGACGCACAGACAUUUGAAACGGAGUGAUUUUAAGAAAAUGUGAGUGAGUUUAGAGUCGCUGUUGACAGUAUUUCAGUUAAAUGUCAGGUUUAUGUCAGGUCAAUGUCAAUCUCAUUAAAAUCAGAUCUUAGUUCUCGCU